AACAAAUCAACCCUAUCGCCAGUCAUCGGUCACCGAACCGUUAUCAGCAAAAAAUAAGCCUCAGCUCAAGCUAUGCUAUUCCUAAAUUGAAGUUAUGGAUUUGAAACACAUGUUUUUAUUCUUUUCACUUGAACUAACAACCGUUGCUGCAUAGUUUCCGCGUGAUCCAAAACGGUUCAAUAGCAAUGUUUGGGUUUGAUCUGGUUCCUAGCUUUUUCCCGGCAAAUAUUUGUUCGAAUGCACUUAUGAGCGAUGCUCACUUUAGUCAGUCGUUGAUGUCACAUGAGAGAGUAAUCAGAGAGGUUCGUCAAGAGUACCAAAGACUUGCGCGUGAAAUAGUCAACGCUACCAGCAUAGGAGCUCAUAUGCUGCCUAGAGAGUUCGGUCUGUCCCAUACAGGAAAUAUCUCACAUAUCCAGGUGAAUCACCAAAAUGGGAGGGUCGAUGCACGAGUGACGUUAGGUGGGCAAGUAGUAGUCUCUGUCGAGCACUCUCGGGUACACAGACACCGAAAUGAUGACCCAGUACCAUUUGAAAGGACUAGACUACAAUGGUAUGACUCAAAUACGCGUAGACCACUUCUGCCUGAACCAUCUUCAGGACCUCAACCAUCUAGAUAUAUUACAACGAGUGAACUAGCAAAACUUCCGAUUAGCAUAUACAGAGUUGUAAAAGAUGCAUCAAAAAGUGAUGAUACAUCUGUUUCACCUGACUCAUCUACAAACCCACCGAGUACUUCAGCUUACAUACCAGUUUUAGAUGCAAAUCAGAAUCACACACCAUCACCUGGUUCAGUUUAUCUUCAACCAGAGGCUAAAAGGAAUACACUUGUUCCAAUCCAGCCUAUACAGUCAUCUCCAGCAAGAGGUCAACCCGAAUGCGAAAUAUGUUUAAGUGAGUAUCAAAACAAAGAUCGUCUGCGUCAUCUUCCCUGUGGACACGCAUUUCAUGUAAAAUGUAUUGACCCUUGGUUAAAAGGGUCGAUAACUUGUCCGAAGUGCCGUGCUAGUGUUCGCACUGGGUUAACUCGCUUGGAACGGGCUCGUCAACGACUGGUCACCCGGUCAAACGUUAGGACUUGUUCAAGAACAGUUCCUGGAAUAGCACUUCGUCAGCGACCAAGUGUACCCAUUCCAAGUACCCAAGAACAGAAUCGUUCAUCACGUAGAGGACAAGAUUCGAGCUGUACCAAUCGAAGUCGAGGAUGCAGACAUAAUUCUGUUGGUGAUACCACUUCUGUCACACCAACUGUUCGAAUUACUCGUGCACGAAGCAAAGCUACGAAUGCUGAUGGAACAACGUCUACCACUGCUCACCGUCCUACAAAUACUGUAUCUAAUCGAAAAAAUCAACGGACUACUUGGCACUCGAAUUCCUCUCAACCAAACACUUCUUCGCAUAGAACAGAGGCUACUCAUGAAAAAGAUGAUGGAAAUGGUCAACUUCAUCCGAACUCUAAACAAGCCGACACAGAAGCUAGUGAACAAUAUCGGAAUAGAUCACUCAGUGCUCGACGGAAAGCUAUAGCGGCAGCUAUGCAGCGAGAAACAGGGUUUCGUGGCAACCAAUAACAAAAUAAAAAGAAUGAGCGGCAAAGUUUACAUUCCUCAACUAAUGGGAUGACUGACGGGUGUCCAUUUUCCUAUUUUUUCAUUGAGUAAAGCACAAUAAGUAGUUUAUUCUACACAUUCAACUGAUUUGGCUGUUACAUCCACCGUUUAUUCAUUGAUCAGUCCAAUAUUAUUCAUCUCCUAAGAUAUGAAUUACUGCAUCGAAAACUACAGUAUAAUAUAUUCUCAUUUUCUCUACUAACCUUGUUAUCAUUACCUUUAUUAUUCCUUAUACUUAUACAAAAACACUUAUGUAGGCUUAUUAAUAAAAGAAGGAAGAUUGAAUUUUCAGCUGAUGUUUUUCUUGAACUGCGAUUCAUUUUGAAAAAUCCCCUAGUAUCACAAAGGGGAUGUUCUUUACUCACUUCUUCACUAUAAAAACCUGUCUAGAGAGAGAGGGAGAGACGUUCUUCUGCUCAGCAGUCUACGUGAGAUUAUUUUAACAAAUCAGCAGGUUUCCUUAUAUUCUUUUCCACAUACAUAUUUUCAAUAAAAUCCUGCGCCUUUUGAAUAUAUCAAAAGUGGUGAUGAUACUGAUACAAGAAUUUCUUGUGUUUAAAUGUCUCCAUGUCUUCUGGCUUGAUCAAGUUGUGUUCACUGUCUCAAUGGUAAAUGCACACAAGAUAUGUCUAAGUUGAAUACAAGACUUGCAUACUGCAUCUUAU